AUGGAAAAGUUGCCAGAACAGUUUCGUUUGACCAUCACGCGAGGGCAGAACUUUCUAGAAUGGUUGAUAGAAGAAAUGUUAGACGCCUUUGAGAAGGAACUCAGACUUCGCGAAGCGCACAAUGCAGUGGGAACGAAAUCGGAUCUAGAGCAGGAAAGACACGAGCGAAAUUCGGGUAUAAGGAAAUAUGGCCAACAUCAUCAUGGAACUGCAGCUGCAUUGUUAGCAAACGAAAGGAGAGGAAACUGUGCCUUCUGUUUGAAGAACCACAAUCACGAAGACUGCGAGGGAAUGACAGAUCCGAAGUCACGAAAGAGUUUGGCUCGUAAAUACGGUAAAUGUUUUCUUUGUUUAUUUAGGGGCCAUAGAUCCAGUAAAUGUACUGUUAAAAAUAUGUGUAAUGUGUGCAAUGGGGCACCUCAUGUUGCAUUAUGUGAUGCAAGGCCUAAAAAGACGAUAAACGUGAUAAAACAGUCCAACCUGACGAAGAAUCUAAACAGGUCCCUGUUAAUAAUAAUGUGCAUGAGAUUAGUUCCAGUAGUAACUUGCAUGUGUGAACUGGUAGCCUGGUUGCCUUGCAAACUACACGCGGGGUUUUAAGGGGUGAAAGGGUGGCUAAGGUGCGGGUUCUCUUUGAUGCGGGAAGUCAUCGUUCCUGUGUGAAUUCUAAAACAGCUGGUCUUGUGAAUCCCAAGGGCUUAAGAAGGGAAUUGUUAGGGAUUAAUACGUUCGGUCAAAAAUAAACCAAUGCCGAGAACAGGGAGGUGGUCGAAUUAAAUCAUGAACCUGUUAACGGGAAUAAGGUUAUCUGCUUAGAAUCAUUUGUAGUGCCAGAAAUCUGUAGAAUACAGACAAUACAGAAUAGCCAUGUACAACUAGCAAGGAGAGAAUACCCACAUUUGAAAGGUAGAUGGUCUUCAGAUGUCUCGAAGUGCCAGGGUGAGCUAGAGAUAGAUGCGUUGAUAGGGACAGAUUACCUCUGGAAUUUUCAGACAGGUGUAACUAAGAGAGGUAAAUCAGGAGAGUUAGUUGCCAUAGAAACUGAGUUAGGAUGGGUUUUAUCAGGGCCUCAUCCUCGGUCCCAGGGCCUCACGGCCGACACUGCGUUGCCGGAGGCCCUGGCGAAAACGAAACGAGAA